AUGCUCCCAUCUCUACUCCCUCUACGGGACAAUCUGUUCUCGCAAGUCGAUGCCCCGGCCGAUUCUGGUAUAGAUAUCGAUAAGAUAGCACAUACCUCCGGAGGGCCCCUUGUAUGCGUCUCAACUCCUUCUGUGCAAAGGUAUAUUACCUCCCAGCCUCAUUUUUCGACUUCCUGUUCAGAUCGUGCCGUAAGGGCACAUUCGGCGAUUCCACCUUCAGAGGAAAAUCAAGGCACGACACCGUCGACUGCCACUGGUUCUUGUCCAAUAUUUUCCAACUCGAGGACGACGACAAUAAGGUCAACUACACCCCCGCUUCCUAUCACACAACUCAGUGGAACUUUUCAGGUUCCACAGAUUUGCAUCAAGAACACCAGACCAUACGGGGGCCAAUUUGCUCCCGAGUCUAUGAUGGGUUUCUUAUGCGAUCUGACCUCGAAUUUUGAGGCGAUCGUCUCCGAACCCUCAUUCUGGGAGGAAUAUUCGGAAUUCUGUCGACCUCGACCAACCGAGCUUUACCUAGCCCAGGAGCUGACUCGAGAAGCGGGAGGGGCAACCAUUUGGUUGAAACGUGAGGAUCAAAAUGAAUACGGAACCCACAAGGCCCGUCAUAUUACCGCUCAGCUUCUGUUAGCCCGUCGAAUGGGCCGGUUAGAAGUUGUCGCGGAUUGCGCCUCUGCCAAACAUGGAAUAUUCACCGCGGAUCUAUGCCGUCGCUUAGGACUAGGCUGUGUGAUCGCCAUGGGGGACGAUGACAUCUCCGCCCAGCCGACAGGGGUUCGGAAUAUGCGGGAUCUCGGAGCCAGGAUCAUUUCUGCUCGUGCACCUUCCGGCAAAGGAACCCUUCGAGCCGCCAUCACAGAGGCCUUGCGAUAUUUGGUUUCUCAUUAUCAGACUGCAUACUACCUCAUUGGUGGCCCACUCGGUCCAAGUCCCCUACCGAGACUGGUUCGUACGUUUCAGGCUCUUCUCGGGAAGGAGGUCUCGGCCCAGCUCCAAGAAAUAGCAGAUCCUCUCCCCGAUGCUGUUAUCACUGCUAUUGGUAGCGGUUCUGGGGCAGUAGGUCUUUUUAGCACAUUUAUCAAUAACCCAUCCGUUCGAUUGAUUGGCGUUGAAGCGACCAAUGCAGCUACAAUCACCCACGGUGAGCGUGGGGUUCUACAUGGUGCUCACACCCUCCUACUACAGGACGAGGACGGCCAGAUUCUCGAUUCGCAUUCUAUAUCCCCAGAUAUGAAUAUAUCUACUGUGGGACCCGAGAUUGCGGAAUGGAAAGACUCUGGUCGCAUUGAGGUCUUCACGGCUACCGAUACAGAUGCCUUGGAAGGCUUCAGAAUGCUUCAACAACAGGAAGGAAUCUCCACGGGGCUGGACUCAGCUCACGCGGUUGCCAAGACUGUCCAGCUAUCACAGGAACUUGGCCCAGGAAGAAACGUGGUUUUGUUAGUUACCGGUCAGGAUAUGAUUGAUGUAAACAGACUGAGAGAAGUUUAG